AGACGCCACAGGAGGGCAGAGCGGCUCGAGCUGGGCGCCACAUCCGGUUCCUGCGGGGUUUGCCUCGGAAGGCGGAUGGAGCGGGUUCUAGAGCGCAGAGCCGGCGAGGGGCGAGCGGGCCAAUGAGAAGCGCGCUCUUGCCGGCCUCCUCGCCUUCGGCCUCGGGGCAAAGGCGGCGGAGGAAGAAGAAGAGGAGGAGGAGGCGGCGGUGGCAGUAGUUCCAAGGCGGAGGAGGGAGGAUGCUGCCCGCCUUGGCCGCCCGGCGCAGCGGAUGGGGCUGCCUCUACCAGCUGCACCUGCUGCGGCCCAGCGCCAGGCUCCCCUUCGCCAGGGCCGGCUGCCACGGAUGGCAGAUGCCUAUUACACUUGGAAGUCCACUACCCAAGCUACCAGGUAGUUUUCUGCCUGUUCAUUCAAGUCAAGUAAGACUUUAUACUUCUGAUGGACAGAAGGACAGCACCGGAGCACAAGAUGCAAGCUCCCCAGGUUCUGAAGGCAGUGCACAAAAGACAGCAACAGCCCGGGAUGCUGGCAGUCAGACACUACCUUUGUUGCAACAACCAAUUCAUGUAAAAGUGAAAGCUGUGCUCAAAAAGAGAGAAUAUGGACCAAAGUACAUGAAGAAUAAUUUCAUCACCGGUGUCAGAGCGAUCAAUGAAUUCUGUCUUAAGUCCAGUGACUUAGAUCAGCUCAGGAAAAUCAGACGACGAAGCCCUCAUGAUGACACAGAAGCUUUCACGGUGUUUUUGAGAGCAGAUGUGGAGGCCAAGUCUUUAGAGGUCUGGGGAAGUCCAGAAGCUCUUGCUCAAGAGAGAAAAAGGCGUAAAGAAGCAGAGAUUGAGUACAGAGAAAAUUUGUUUAGAAACCAAAGAUUGUUGAAGGAAUACAAAGACUUCCUCGGAGAAACAAAGCCACGUUCUACCACAUCAACACUGUUUCUGAGCGGACCAGGAAAGGUGGUGAUGGUUGCUAUUUGCAUAAAUGGCUUGAAUUUUUUUUUCAAGCUUCUUGCAUGGGUUUACACGGGUUCUGCGAGCAUGUUCUCUGAAGCUAUCCAUUCAUUGGCAGAUACUUGCAAUCAAGCUUUGUUAGCGUUGGGAAUCAGUCAGUCUGUGAGGACACCAGACUCAAGUCAUCCGUAUGGCUUCACAAACAUGCGGUACAUUGCGUCUUUGAUUAGUGGUGUUGGCAUUUUCAUGAUGGGUGCAGGACUUUCCUGGUAUCAUGGUAUUAUAGGUCUGCUUAAUCCUCAACCCAUGGAAUCUCUUCUUUGGGCUUAUUGUAUUUUAGCAGGAUCAUUGGUCUCUGAAGGAGCAACACUUCUCGUAGCUAUAAAUGAAAUUCGAAGGAGUGCUCGGGCCAAAGGUGUAUCAUUUUAUCAGUAUGUUAUGCAGGCUCGUGAUCCUAGUACAAAUGUUGUGUUGUUAGAAGACACUGCUGCAGUUCUGGGUGUGACGUUAGCGGCAACCUGCAUGGGUCUGACCUCCCUAACAGGGAAUCCAUACUAUGACAGUCUGGGGUCUCUUGGUGUGGGGACCUUACUGGGAGCUGUUUCAGCUUUUCUCAUCUAUACCAACACGGAAGCAUUGCUAGGCCGCUCUAUCCAGCCCGACCAGUUACAGAGACUUACAGAGCUCCUGGAGAGCGAUCCUGCAGUAAGAGCCAUUCAUGAUGUUAAAGCUACAGAUAUGGGGAUGAGCAAAGUGAGAUUCAAAGCAGAAGUAGACUUCGAUGGACGGGUUGUUACUCGGUCUUAUCUGGAGAAACAAGACAUUGAACAACUGCUACAAGAAAUUCAGCAGGUGAAAACUCUUGAAGAAUUGGAGACUUUCAUGCUCAAACAUGGGGAAAAUAUCAUCGACACCCUAGGAGCAGAAGUCGAUAGGCUAGAAAAGGAGCUAAAGAAACGGAAUCCUGAGGUGCGGCAUGUAGAUCUGGAAAUAUUGUAAGCCUCAUGGAAGCUCCAUUUGAACUUCUCUCUUCUGGAUCAGCUGUGUUUAGGGACAGAGCAGCUCCUGAAGCCGGAGAGAUCGCGAACCACCACUACAUUUAAACCUCCUGGUUUUAGCGCUGGUUGUUUUUCCCCACUUCUUUUUCCUUCCAGAAGAGCAAUGGGUUUCCUGCGGACUGGUUUCCAAGGACAGUUGCUUCGCCUCUCUUUAUUUGUGAAUAUGUAUUAGAGAUGAAUAUUUGGGACGAGAAAUUUUAAAUUUAAGUAAGUUAUUGAAAUGUCAGUUUCUACAAAUACACACUAUAUGUAUUUACUGCCCUA